AUGUUGAAUUUAAGGACAAUCGCCAAUUUGCCAAAAUUAUGCUUGCAGACUUUAUCUGUAAGAGCUAAACAUGGACUGCGUGAACCAACAUGUCCCAUUCGAAAUAGAACUCCAAAAUCGGUAACGGACCCCAAUGUACUUUUUGAAAAUCUUCAAAGUGGUCAAAAUGUAUUCAUUCAGGGAGGCGCAAUGACACCAACUUAUUUGGUUAAAUAUCUUCAUCAAUAUGCUAUUAAUAAGAAUUUGAAAAAGCUUAAAACAGUGCAUAUUCAUACGGAAGGCGAGUUUCCCAUUAAUAACGAAGAUGCCAAGGAACGCUUCCGUAGUGUGUCACUAUUCACUGGUGGCAACUGUCGCAAAGCUAUUGAAUCAGGCCAGGGUGAUUACGUUCCUGUUUUCUUGCAUGAGAUUCCGAAGCUCUUUCGCAAUAAAAUAAUACCUCUUCAUUACGCCUUGAUUAAUGUUUCUCCUCCUGAUCAACAUGGCUUCUGUUCAAUUGGAUGUAGCGUCGAUGUGACAAGAAGUGCUUUGGAAGCUGCUGAAGUAAUCGUUGCCCAAGUAAACCCCCAUGUACCCCUUUGCAAGGGUGAUGCUGAGAUUCACAUUAGCAAUAUUGACUACAUCAUUGAUGGUCCUAUGCCUUUGCACGAAUUGCCUAUCAGGCAUAGUUCGGCGGAAGAAAAGAAAAUAGCUGAAUUCAUCACUAAUGAAUUAGUGGCUGAUGGUGCUACCUUGCAAACAGGCAUUGGAUCUAUCCCUGACUCUGUACUUUCUCUCUUAACCAAACACAAAAAUCUCGGUGUCCAUACUGAACUCUUUUCCGAUGGUCUUGUUGAUCUCUUUGAAACAGGCGCCGUGACAAAUGCUGAGAAAAAGCUUUUCCCUGGCAAAAUUGUUUCAAGCUUCGUGAUUGGCACAAAGAAAUCAUUCGAUUUCAUCAACGGCAACAAGGGCAUUGACUUACGAGAUAUCGCUUGGACGAAUAACCCCACUGUAAUCGCCCAAAAUCCUCGUCCUACCGCCAUUAACUCUUGCAUUGAGGUUGAUAUCACAGGCCAAAUUGUUUCUGACUCGAUCGGUCCACGAAUUUACUCUGGCUUCGGUGGUCAACUUGACUUUUUGAGAGGUGCUGCUAUAUCAACCGAUGGCCUUGGUGUUCCUAUCAUAGCUUUGCAAUCCUCCACCAAAAAAGGGGAAUCAAAGAUUGUUCCUUAUCUUCAUAAAGGAGCCGGUGUUGUUACCACUAGAGCACAUGCCCAUUAUGUUGUUACCGAGUAUGGUAUCGCCUACCUUUUCGGGAAAUCAAUUCGUCAAAGAGCAUAUGAAUUAAUUCGUAUUGCUCAUCCUAGUCAUCGUGAACAACUCGAAAAGGAUGCAUUUGAGAGGUUGAAGGUUAUGCCUUCUUCUGAUUAA